UCCAACUUUUGCCUCGCACUUCGAAAAUCACUUUUGCCAUUUUCUUCGGGUUUUCUAUUUCCACCAUUAAAGCUCAAGAAAAGGAAAGGUUAUAGAGAUAGACAUUGAGAUAGAAGAGAGAGAAAGCAAGAGGAAAGAGAGUUCCUUUACUCUCUCUUCUUCCUCUGCAAAUCUGACAUAUUUGAAAAAAUUAAAAAAGCCCUCUUUGAUUAGGGUUUUGUCUCACUUUUUCUGAGAAUCUGGAGGGAGCUUUUAGUGACAUAAAUCUUACAAGAUGUCUUGGGUUCGAUUCAAAAUUGAGCAAAAAGAUGGGAACUUUGCGUACCCACCACCGUUUUACAAAGACCCAAUUCUUUCUCCGCCGUCUCCUCCGCCACCGUCGUCCGGUAACAGAAUCAGUCCGGCGGUUUUGUUUAUAAUUGUGAUUCUAGCUGUCUUGUUCUUCAUUUCUGGGCUUCUUCAUUUGCUGGUUAGGUUUCUUAUUAAACAUCCUUCUGCUACUGCUUCUUCAAGGUCUAAUAGAUUCCCUGAGAUUUCAACUAGUGAUGCUCUUCAAAGACAGCUUCAACAGCUUUUUCAUUUGAAUGAUUCUGGUCUUGAUCAAGCUUUUAUUGACGCUUUACCUGUUUUUCACUACAAAGAGAUUGUUGGUAGUGGUAGUGUUGGUGGUAAUGGUGCUGCUCAAGAGCCAUUCGAUUGCGCGGUUUGUCUCUGUGAGUUUUCUGAGAAAGAUAAGCUGAGAUUGUUGCCAAUGUGUAGUCAUGCUUUUCAUUUGAACUGUAUUGAUACUUGGCUUCAGUCAAAUUCGACUUGUCCUCUUUGUCGUGGCACUCUCUUUUCCCCUGGUUUCUCAAUGGAGAACCCGAUGUUUGAUUUCGAUGAUAUAAGAGAAGAUGAAGAGGGUGUGACCGAGAAUGGAAGCCAGAAAACUAUGGAGAUCCAAGAAAUUGUUGUGGAGAAAGGAGUUUUACCGGUGAGAUUGGGGAAAUUCAAGAGGCUAGACAAUGUUGGUAAUGGUCAGGGUCAGGAUGUUGUUGCUGGAGGAGAGACUAGUAGCAGUAAUUUGGAUGCAAGAAGAUGUUUCUCGAUGGGUUCGUAUCAGUAUAUACUUGGUAACUCAGAACUUAAAGUCCCGUUUGCCAACGAUAGACUGCCGCGUUUGAAACCUCAGGACAAAGAAUCUGAGCAGACAGGGAAUUCAUCAUCAGAAGACAACAAAAAGAUCAAUAGUGUGGCUAAAGGCGAGAGCUUUUCGGUUUCGAAGAUUUGGUUAUGGCCAAAGAAAGAUAAAUUCUCUUCAGAUGCUCAAAGAAGGUUGCCUUCUUCAUCACUUAACGUUGAUGAUCUUCCGAAACUUCCAUGGAUGGAAGAACAUAAGAAGCUGGAGAAUGACGAAAGGUAGUAUCUUUUGCUCAUUUUUCAAUCAAAAUGAUCGAUACUUAGGGUUGUUACUGAUCAUAUUUUGGGGGGUUCACAAUUAUCUGUUGUACCAUAUUGUUAAAAAGGGUUUGAUUCUUGAUAAGAACUUCAGUUGCAUUAUGCUUGUUAAUCAUAUGAGAUGAAAUUAAAUUACGUAUGCUCAACAAUAAUGGAUUCCAAAAGACUGAUGCUUUAGCUUUAUUUUUAUUAUCUUUGUCUCUUUUUUCUUCA